ACGAAAGAUGAAGACGAUCUUAUCAUCCGAGACCAUGGACAUCCCCGAAGGCGUCUCCAUCAAGGUCCACGCCAAGGUGAUCGAAGUGGAAGGCCCACGCGGGAAGCUCACUCGCGACUUCAAGCAUCUCAACCUCGAUUUCCAGCUCAUCAAAGACGACGUCACGGGCAAGCGACAGCUCAAGAUCGACUCGUGGUUCGGCUCCCGCAAGGCCAGCGCCUCGAUCAGAACCGCUCUGAGCCACGUCAGCAAUCUCAUCGCUGGCGUCACUCAGGGUUUCCUCUACAAGAUGAGGUUCGUGUAUGCUCAUUUCCCUAUCAACGCUUCCAUCUCCGGCGACAACAAGUCCAUCGAGAUCCGUAACUUCCUCGGCGAGAAGAAGGUCAGGAAGGUUGAUAUGUUGGAUGGUGUUACCAUUGUUCGGUCUGAGAAAGUCAAGGAUGAGAUUACUCUUGAGGGUAAUGAUAUCGAGCUUGUCUCCCGUUCAUGCGCUCUUAUUAAUCAGAAAUGCCAUGUGAAGAAGAAGGAUAUUAGGAAGUUUCUUGAUGGUAUCUAUGUGAGCGAGAAGGGCAAGAUCGCUGUUGAAGAAUGAAGCUAUUGAAGUGCUUUAUUAGAUUCAUAUUGUGGAAGAGUGGUUUAGUUGUAGCGUUUUUAUUUACGUCUCUUAUCUUAUGGAUUUGUAGUUUUGUUUCCGUUGGACCGUUAUUGAUGAUGCAAACUCGCUGGUUUGGUUUUUUUUAUUUACUCUGUUCUUGCAAAAGUUUUUGACACUAUUUUCACUUUUACUUGUUCUUGGAGCUGGUUUGAGUUAUAUGAUAUGUUCUAUUUUAUUGA